AUGAUUCUGACAAAACAGUACCGAUGCGUACACUCGUCUUCAUGCCAAUGUACAAAAGGUCAUUUAAGCGAAGAUGUGAUAUUCUUGGUGUUUAACAAUUUGAAUUGGAACCCGAAGCUAAUAGCUACUCUGUCAUGUGUAUGCAAAUGGUUCGACGAUCUUGCCAAGCGAGUUCUAUGGAAAGAGUUUUGUCGAACGAGAGCUCCUAAGAUGAUGAUUGAUCUCCAAUCUAGCGGAACUCACAGUAUCGAUGGAAACUGGAGUGCCUUAGGGAAGCUGCUUAUAUACUGUUCAGGAUGCAAAAAAGGAGGUUUGUUUAAGAACGUCCAUAUCCCCGGUCAUUUCGUUUACAGGACACGAUUCUCUAAAACAUCAGGAAAGAGCUUUCUUUUGCCGCAGUGUAUAAACGAUGUUUUGUAUGUGUCUGAUCCCUGCGAGCAUCUUGACCAAGGGGAAGAAGGAGAUAUAGGAUUCUUCCGCGGAGUUUUCAAGUCGUUUGCAACCACAAACAUCAGGAGGAUGCUUAUUAACAAAGGCGCUCGGCUCCAUACUACGGAAGUUUGUCCGUAUUGUAAGGCGAGGCUGUGGAGCAUGCUGCAGGCUAACAUGAUACCGCAGACAGCUAGUUGCAGGUUGGGUUCGUAUGAAGAAUGCGUCGAUUAUCAUGUGUGUCUAAACGGACACAUGGUUGGGAUCUGCACCUUGUUACCGUUGUCUGAUUCAGAAGAGGUGUCUGAGAAGGAGUAA